AUGAGAGUUUCCACAUUAGUUUUAUCCACAUCUAUAAUCCCAAUUGCUACUGCACUCAACAUUUCCCCUUUCCAUGCUAACCAGAAGAAAGAUAUACUUGCUGAUGCUGCUUCUGCAGCAGGGGGUGCAGCUGCUGUUGUCACAUCUGGUGCUGCUGGUGCCGCAAACACUGCUACUUCCGCUGUCGCCGGCGCUGCUGAUGCUGCCGCUUCUGGCGCCGCUGGUGCUGGUAAGACUGCCACUUCUGGUGCCGCUGGUGCUGCUGAUACUGCCGCUUCUGGUGCCGCUGGUGCUGGUAAGACUGCCACUUCUGGUGCCGCUGGUGCUGCUGAUACUGCCGCUUCUGGUGCUGCUGGCGCUGCUCUGGGUGUAGAAACUGCUGAUGUUGGACAAGAAACUUCUGGUGCAGGAAGCUUAGGUGGUGGUCUGAGCUCAUCCAAUAGUACAAGUCCUGUGGGUGGUUCUGGUGCUUCUAAUAGUACAAGUCCCUCCGGUGGCUCUGGAGCAUCUAAUGGUACAAGUUCAGGGAGUGGUUCCGGUGUUGGUGCUGGUUCUGGAUCUGGCUCUGACAGUGGCUCUGGCAGUGGUUCGGGUUCUAGAGGCAGUAUUACCGGAAAUUCAAUUGCUACUGGUGCUAGUUCUGGUCCAGAAGGCUUGGGUAUUUCUUCUUCCAUUAGUCAGUCAACUACUAAACAAUUGCAGACUUCGGGUGGUUCUUCAAAUUCAAGUAGCUCAGCUGGUAUGGGUAACGUAGUGGUUGGAAUGAAUGCCGUUGCCUUAGCUGCAUUAGUCUUGAUUUAA